AGUAUUAUAAAAAAAAACUAUUAGUGCACUCGUUGCAAGAUUAAAAUGUGAAACAUAAUGUAGUUGUUUUUACUAAUCACAGAGAAAUUGUUUUAUCCUAUCUGGUUCGAGACACAUCUCUUCAUCAUUCUUUUACUUAGUCCUUUAGGGAUACAAUAAAGAAGUAGUUCAGGUAUUAUAAAGAGACAUUAUUGAUAUACAUUCUCUGAUCAUAUAUCAACAAUGUUUGUGACGGACAUUAGCGGCGUUACUAAGGCAUCUCUAUCACGAUCUAUGAUGGUCUCUGAUAGUGGUGUAACCAAGGAUGAGCUGGAGCGAGCAGCGUCCUACCACCAGAACGAAGAAAAAACGUAAUGAUUACUAUCAUUGACACUAUAUUUCAUGGGCUUUUCCUAAGACCGUAUGGCACUGCCUUACCACCUACAAUCUCCUGGUUCACCACUGGUCUCCGGUUAGUAUCUGACAUAGUCUACAGAAGGUUUCAAAUUUUUAUUCCUAUACUGUAACAUUCCUUUUAGAUCGUGUUUCACAAAAGAAAAACGAUUUUUUUGUUCUUUAUAUUUAAAUCAUGUAUUUUUAGAAUCUUGAAUCAUCAAUUAAUGAUGGUAGUUCAACUCAAUCACUUUCAUCUGUUGAUGAAGAUCCUGAAAAUACAUUACCUUAUUGGAAACAAAAAUGUCAAGAAUUAGAAAUGCAAUUACAAGAAAUACAUUCAUCAAAGUCGAUAUCAUCAAAUACUGUUGAAAUUCAAUGUUCUAUGAAUGAAGAUAAUCAAAUAGAUAAUUCUAAUGAAUCAAUUGAUAAUGAAGUAUUAAAUAAAUUAAAUAAUGAGAAUGAACAAUUACAAACUCAAAUUGAUAUAUUACAAGAAGAAAUAAAAACUCUCAAUCUUCAACUUUCUUCUAUUUCAUUGCAACGUUCAACAACAGCAGAUAAAAUAAAAGAUUAUGAAAAUGAUAUAACUAAAUAUCAAUCAUUGAUUGAGAAUAAAGAUGGUCUAUUAAAUGAAUUACAACAAAAAUUGGAUGAACAAACAAAUCGUUUACAAUUAAUUGUAUGUUAUGGUUUUUAUUUAUAA